AUGCCUCCUCUGCGCCACAACCAGGCAACAAUGGAUGGGUUUCGACACAGGCACAUGGAUGCUGCAACUAAAAACAAGCUAACUGUAGCCAUAGCUAAAUGGGUGGCUACUGCAUGCAGGCCCGUUAGCAUUGUGGAUGAUGAGGGUCUGACCGAGAUAAUUCGCAUCGCAUCCAACGACUGGACCUACGAAACUCCUUCCAGAGCUACUAUCACGAGCCGCAUAGAAACUUUCUAUGAAACGGAGAAGUCCCAGUUACAACAGACGUUGGGGCAGACAGACAUAGUUGCGCUAACAGGAGAUUAUUGGACAUCACUCAGUAAUGAGAACUACCUCGGGGUCACAGCACAUUAUUUCACUCCACAGUGGGAACUUCAGUCCCAUGCUUUGACUGUUAUGAAGACAGAAGAGAGGCACUUCGCUGAUACUGUUGCUGAGCACUUUAUGAAAGUAGCCAGAGAGUGGAACAUCGAAAAAAAAGUUGUCUCACUGACCACAGAUAGUGCAUGCAAUAUGAUGGCAGCGGCCAGAAAGCUCCCCUUUGAACACAUGCCGUGCGUCAUACACAGUGUGCACCGUGCAAUCAAGGUUUCUCUGCAUAACAGCCCAUUCGAUAGUGCAUUGGCAAAAUGCCGAAAACUUGUGGGACACUUCAAGCACAGCACAGCGAAUGCCCUGGAGCUCGAGCAGCAACAAAUUGCACACAAGCAGAAAAAAGAAGCGCUCACGCAGGAGGUGGCAACAAGAUGGAAUAGUACCCUUGAAAUGAUUAAGCGUGUCAACCGGAAUGUUGAACCUCUGAGAGAGGCACUGGCCUUAAACUCAACCAAAGUCACCAUGCCAACAGCAACUGAGCUGGAGAAAACAAAGAAGCUCGAAGCUGUGUUGGAGCAUUGCAGAUAUGUGUCUGAUCUUCUGGGAGGAGAGAAGUUUGUUUCUUGCUCGGUGGUGCUGCCAGCAUUAUGUCACCUGUCCCGAGUGAUGGAUGUCACCGAGGAAGACCCAGCGUACAUGAUCAAGUUCAAGGAAACCUUUUCAGCAGAUAUGGGAGGUCACAAGGAGAAGUUAAACAUCACAUGGCUCAGGGUUGCGACAGCACUCGACCCAAGGUUUAAGGACCUCAAGUGUCUGAGCAAACCUGACCGGGUUCUUGUGUGGGAUUCCAUCCACGCCUUGCUCCAGGAGCUGGGGAAGGGGAGUCAAGCAGAACGGGAUAACAAAAGCACACCCGAGCCAGAGAAGAAGAAGCCAGCUCUCAUGUUAACACAAGAAUCUUCCUCGGAUGAAGAGGAGGACCAUGUGGACCAGUGUAUUGAGCACUACAAGUCAGAACCUAUGAUUGGCAUUGAAGACUCUCCCCAGGAAUGGUGGUCCACACAUGAAGCGUCACACAAUAUCAUCAGAAUGAUUCUUCCUCCAACCUCUGUGACCUCCCGUCAUAUGGAGAUCGACAAGGACAUAUGGUCCAAGAUCUCAGACCUGUGA